CUGUUACACAAAAUUGAAGAGUUGAAAACAGUGCCAUGUUCUGCAAACGUUCACCUGGCUUGAUCUUCUCUUACGACGCAACAUCAUGGAUACCAUAGUUGAAAACAAGGACGUCCUCUUUCCGCAAGUCUUUUCUCACCUCGCCGAGGUCGAAGCACAGCCUGCCACAGUUUUACUGGAUGAAGAACUGCUGAGGCGAGCAGAACGAUCGCUCGACGCGUCAACCUCGAGAGACCUCUUAUGGCGGCUUUUGGCAACCGGCGAAAAGCUUCUUCAAAUACUGCAACAGGAACCUAGGCCUCUCACUCGACUGCUGGAACGCAAUGUUUCCCUACUUCCCUUCGAUGAACUAAAAGGUACCAUUUCCACCGAAAAGCUCCAGGAAGGCCUGACCUCUCCCUCCAUAUCUGUCCAACUGUUGUGUCUUGCGUAUUUGCAAAAAGCUGCAGACUCGCCAAGCGGUGCUUCAUUCGUUGCGGCGAGCUCCCCACUAGUUCAAUGCCUGCUCACGAUCUGGCUGUCAUCCGAAAGCACAGAGAUUGCGGAGCGCUGUUUGGAGGCCAUCGAGGCCCUUCUAGCCGUCGACAGUCAUAGCAGCUUCACAGUAGUAUCGACCAAGGAUCGUUUGGCAGAGGCGCAGGGACAGGGUCUCUUAUGGCGAAGGAUAUUUACAGACCCCCAGGUCUAUUCAAUCAUGUUUGAGUGGACGUCCCUCCGGGUGUCGAAUCGCGACGUCAAGACGAAGAAAGGUAUGCAGCUUGUGACAAUAUCGCAGGCCAGGCUUUUCGACUAUAUUGCAAGACUGGCGAAUUACGACUGGGCUGCAAUAUCUACCACCACAUUGCCUGCAGUUGAAUCGAGGUUCAUGGGAGAAGGCGUCGAUGAUCAGCCCUACGGUGGCUUACUACGUUACGCUGCGUCUCAUAUGAUUGACCAACGAGAUAUUUUGAUGGAAGUCCUCAGACAAGAUUUCUUUAUGAAGCUUCUUGCUGUGAUCCAAGAAGGCAACCCUCAGAGUGUCCCUCCGCGCCUGCUGGAGGCUCUUCAGAACCAAGCCGGCAUCGAUCCUACAAAAGACGACGAACGGAAUGGCGUGCAUCUUUGAAAAUUGUCUUCUCGGAUCAACAUUUUCUGGCCUAGCGCCUACAAAAAGGUGAAAAUUCUUGGAUGAUAUAAGGUCAUGACCUGAUCGAACGGAAGUCAAUCCUUGCGGACUGUCUGAUCGGACCUCGUCUAGCUCCACUCUUCAUCAAAAGGACCAACUGUCUCUGUCUCGAAUAUAGCUUACCUCCUCCUCUUGCAUUGUCUUCACUAUCUAUUCCGCAUCGUCACUCGUGGGCAUCACCGUCGCCCCCCUCAUGAAAAUUCACAUCUGUGAAAUAACAACCGGAAGGUCCAUCAUGUCCUCCAGAAAGAAGUCAUUUUCUCCUUUUACGAUUUCCAUAUCCUCAUUAAUAUCAUCAGUCCACCUGUGAAUGUAUACCGUCUUCAUUCCGGCUUCCUUGGCACCUCGCGUAUCAUAUGCAUGCGCUGCGACCAUAACAGCAGCCUGUGGGUCUACUUUGACCAAGUCUAGCGUCUUGCGAUAGCUCUCGGGAGCAGGCUUGUACACG